AGGGCUUCCUCGCCGACGCCGGCGACAUCUGCAAUCCGCCCAACUACCAUGUCCUCCUCCCCAUUCAAGCCUUCGAGAAAAUUGCGCUCUGGAAGGCCGGCGUCACGCCGAUCCAGUACCGCUGGUACUCAGUCAUAUCUCAGAACCAUGCAAUUGUUAAGUUUAUCUGAUUACAUUGAAGUGGAGGAACUUGGACGUCUCUACGGUGUAUUUAAUAAUCUAAGUGCUUACGAUGUUAUAGGAGCUCAGAAUUACCGCCGACCACUCAUUCGGCUCAAUCGAAUUGUGCCCGAAGUACAUAAACAAUUUGAUAUUCUAACAGUAUCACAGCUGUUUCCAGAAGGCCAUAGAGGCCUCGCCAGGGAGAACGACGCCUUCCCUGCUAAUAUAGACAGUAUGGCAUGCAACAUGUCGGGUUACCAGUGAAUAGCUAAAGAGAUUGGCAAUAAGUGGAAAUCAGUUUCAGAAGACAGGCUCCAAGGGAUAUUGCACACGUAGUAUCUGGGGUACGCACGUCUGAAGAUGGUGCCUGACUGAGUGCAUUUUCCAUCUCCGAUUUAUGCUCAUUGACAAGAUCCUGAAGUUGGUGCUGAAUGAGCGUGUCCCCCUUAAAAUGUUCCUGGUAGUCCUGGGCUAUUCUUGAUUUCUUAGGAUUACAUUAAGCAUACUGAUUGGGAAACUAAAUCCAUUUUUCCUGGUAGUCUUGGGGUAUUCUUGAUUUUUUAGGAUUACAUUGAACAUACAGAUUGAAGCAUACUGAUUGGGAAACUAAAUCCAAACACCUAUUUUUCUGGGUGGGGUCACUAAAACAGAAGCAUAAAAAAAGGCAAUCCCAAUCAUUUAGAACUAAUGAAAUCCCGUAGACCCAAUAUGCUCAAAAGUGUGAUGUGUGGGAUGAGGAAGGAGGAAGUAGACUCAAGGAGAGUUGAUUGGUUUUUGAUAUUAUAUCAGAUAAUAUUAUACUUUUAGUUCUAAAUAAUGCGAGGCAACCGGGGAACCACUUCGAUUCCCUACCUAGCAGGCGACCUAAGAUCCUAUGUUGGUGGUCCCCAGCCGGUAGAGCUUACCGGCUCUUUUUAUUGUACAUGUUGUGCAAGAAUUGAAUCUUAGAAGGAGCAUUCUGUAUCAAAUCAACAUGACUUGCAGAUUGUGAUUACUAUCUGACUUCUUUCAAGUUGAAAUAAUGAGAUGCCCAGCCAAUGUAAUUUACAGUUGUGUGGACUGUUUUCUCGAUUUUGCUGUAGUUGGCGAUUGGUUAGAAGCACAUAUCCCUUCGAUAGCAGGGUCAAGAAAGCUACCACAGGUUUCUGAUGAACUAUGUUCUUCCUUCUCCCAUGUAGCCACAAUUGCAUUCACUACUCAGUCAUCUUUUUGCUUAGUACAAUAUGUGAUGCUGUGCCAGUACACCUAGGCUGACCUAGCUGUCUAAUUUAUGUCAUAUAGCUUGGUCUACGCAGCAGGGAUCACGGGUUUGUAACGUUAAAUCCGUAAACAAAGAUUACUUUAUAGGGUAAUGCAUCAUAUCAGGUUGUUAUAGUAGAGAUUAACUGAUUACAAGUGGUUGCUAUUACAGACAUCUCAAAAAAUGUCUUAUAUAUUUUGUAAUAUCUCUCCAGCUCUGGAUAGAAUUUUUGACUAUUGUUUUAAACCCGAGUGAGUAGAAGAAUUAUUAGUACUAGCUUAAAGAUUCACUUGCUGUUU